UCUCGCUGUACCUGGUGACGGGUGGAAGGUGUCGCGCCGCCGCCGUGCCACUCAUGACUGACUCGAUGGCACCCUAUGAGCAUAAGCACAGUGACCAAGCUUCCCGUGAUAUGUUACAGUGCGUGAUAGUGCGUUAAGACGUGAUGCUCGGUGUAGUGAUGCGUUGACUCAGUGAAUGACGGAGACGGAAGGGAUAUAACGUUGCGCCAAGAUGCAUGGUGAGGAUGCGGGAAUAAGCCCCCGGGCACGCUCCCCCAGCAGACACCGCAGCCCCGCCACCGCCACCCGUGGGAGUGCCAGGUCCCCCCACCCACAAGGGCGGACCUGUCCCCUGCCCCACCACCCCAGCCAUGUCUCGCAGGCAGGAGUGAGGCCCACGCAGCGCCUUCACGACCAGCCCCCAGCCCCAAGCAUUAAUUCAUCCCCCAAGAAGCUCCCUCAACCCACCCCUCUCACCGAAGCUCUCCCCCCCGGCGUCCCAUUCUUCCCUGGACGUCCUCACGCAAUUCACAAGUCCCCGCGGCACAGAGCUCCCGGGCCCACCAUCAAGGUGCCUCAGCUCCCCAGACUGAGAGAGAACGUCCGCAAACUCUCUUUGGACCUUCGUCUGCACCUUCAGGAGUCCCUACGUCAGCUCCAGCGACAGGAGACACCGACACAACUCAACGGAGCGUCUGAAGAGGAUGGCCCCGAAUCAGUGCUAGACCUCACCGAGGAAGCACAAGGAACGCCAGAACUCAAGGAGGAAGUGCUGGCCAGGAGAAGCGUCAGCGCCCCGCUCCUCAGGACUCGGGACGCCAGUGUUACCAGCGACUACUUCAGUGACUCCGGUGAGCCCUCGCUGUCUCCUUCGCUCAUCAAGGACCACGAGUUCGUCCUGAACUUUGACCUCGUGGAUGAAGAGUCCCAGAGCUCAAGGACCGAGAGCAGAGCAACGUCUAGAAUCGCGAUCCACAACCAGCAUGACGCGGGCUUGCCUUUAGAAGGGUCUACCCAGGAUGCUGAGCGUUUUCUUCAGCUUUUAGUCGCGGCCGCUGGAGAGAAUGAAGCCCCCGCAGAGGAAGGGGAACUAAGCUAUAACCCCCAAGCCAAUAUUAGUGCCAAAAAGGACUUCCUUAGCCUAGUACCUGAGACUAGAUUAUGUUCUACGAAGUCAAUUUCUGGCUUUAGUCCUUCUCUUCUGCAUACUCCCCCAUCGCCUCAGCACCCUCUCAGCACCCUCAGCACGCCCCCCUCGCCUCCCCCUCGCCCCCACACUGACUCUAGCCUUUUCCUCACAACUCACGGUGCCAAAUCCUGCCGCGGGGACCCCCCAGCGGCACCAUGGCACCCUUCGCGUAGAUUCCUUGACGCACCUUCUUCAGGCAAACUGGUUGACGACGCACGCUACAUCACAAUGGACGUUGAUAAAGGCUGCAGCAACAACGGCGGCGGUGUGGGCGGGUUGGGCCCCCUGAGCUUCUCGCUGUCUUCGCUUUCCGGGUCGUCUAGCCCCGUGCUAGAGUUUGUUAGCCCCGCGAGGACGGCCGCAGAGCUCCACACCAACUCCCUCAACCGCCGCAAGACAAAACGGUGUAAUGACCGCGAGGAAGCCCGCAGAUCUUGGGGCCCCGCAGACAAGGAAGAGGGGAGCAGGGACUUCUGGGCCUCCAUCCAGGAGCCGUACAACUAUAUAAUGGGGAGCAACCUCAUCCCUGACUCCUACCAGGUUGGAGAGACCUCAGAAGCCCCCUCGUCAGGAGAGUUUGAGCUGUGUUGGGACAGUGGAGACGUGUCACCGCCCUACGUUUGGAGUUUUUCCGAGUUUCUUGAUCAGUACAAUGAAUUGUAUGAGUGGCUUAUUCAAGUUCAGUUGAAGCUUUACUCCCAUUCCAACCCACCUGAUAAAGCAGCAAGAAUGGCCCAGCAGGAGGAGCUGCGUCGCCGCACUUACCGCCGCAAACUGUUUGUGGAGCAGGGAGAGCGUGUGGCCCAGAGGUACCCAGGCUCCUCGGAGGAGAUCAGCUGGCGUGUCAACUACCUGAACAACAAGUGGGACCAGCUGGAGAGUAACCUGACUCCUGCCAAGGGCCGAAACCAAGAGGUGGAAGUAGAAUUAGAUCUUGCUCACGAGGAGGGCAUCUUGCGCCGCUGGCUGGGUGACAUGGAGGACCAAAUUCAGCCCCUGACCUGCCGCCUUCCCCGGGGCUCCUCGCUGCUCACCCUUCAGGACCGCUACAAGGACAAUCAGGUAGGUGUCUGCACUAAGUCUUUGUAUGUAAGGUCACUGGGAAGGGUCGGACCUUCAAAUGACAGUUCGUAUUGUUGAAUCUUGAAGGAAGUG